AUGAGCCUUUCACCGGAUCAGACUCAUUUCAAGUAUCCAAGAUCAAUUUUCUUGAUAAUUGCAACAGAAUUAUGUGAAAGAUUUUCAUUUUGUGGUUUACGAACAAUUUUAAGUCUGUACUUGAAAAAUGUAUUAAAGUUUCAUGAAGACGAUGCAACUCUUAUUUAUCAUAUUUUUAUAAUGGUUUGUUAUUUGAUACCAAUAUUCGGUGCUCUUUUGGCUGACAGUUAUUUAGGACGGUUUAGAACAAUACUUUUCUUCUCGGUAAUUUAUGCUGUUGGUGAUUUUAUCAUGUGUUUUGGAGCAACACCAUUAUUCAAAACCAGCAAAAUAAAAAUAACUUUUAUUGGUUUGAUUUUAAUUGCUAUUGGAACUGGAGGAAUAAAACCAUGUGUUGCUGCAUUUGGUGGAGAUCAAUUUUACCUUCCCCAGCAACAAAAAUAUCUUCAAGAUUUUUUUUCAAUAUUUUAUUUUACAAUUAAUUUUGGUGGUCUUAUGGGUAUGAUUAUAAUGCCAAUAUUGCGAACAGCUUUCACUUGUUUUGGUGACGAAACCUGUUAUGCAUUGGGUUUCGGUUUUCCAGCUGUACUUAUGCUAAUUGCUUUUGUAUUAUUUUAUCUUGGUAAAUCAUCAUACAGACUUAAAUAUCCAAAAGAAAAUAUUAUGCUUUGUUUUAUUCAUUGUAUAUUUUAUGCAAUUAGACAAAAAAUUAAAUUUUAUCAUAAAAAAGAAAAAUCACAUUGGCUAGAUUUUGCUGAUGAUAAAUUUUCGAAAAAAUUAAUAUCAGAUAUUAAAAUAGUACUUGCUGUUUUUUAUUUAUACAUACCAUUACCAUUUUUUUGGAGUCUUUUUGAUCAACAAGGAUCAAGAUGGACCUUUCAAGCAUCAAGAAUGAAUGACAUUAUAUUUCAAAUUAAAAUUAUUCCAGAUCAAUUUCAGGUUAUUAAUCCAGUUAUUGUUUUGAUACUUAUUCCAAUAUUUGAUAGAUAUAUUUAUCCUUGUUUAUCAAAUAUUUUAAACUCUCCACUUCAUCGAAUGACUAUUGGAGGAAUAUUUGCAUCAUUUGCUUUUAUUGCAUCUGGGAUAUUGGAGCUUAAUCUUGAGAAACAUUAUGAAGCUUCAUCUGGACAACUUGGUCCAGUAACCAUGUCAAAACAUAUUCACAUAAUUUGGAUGUUACCACAAUAUUUUUUUUUAUCAAUUGCCGAAGUGAUGUUUGCAAUAUCAGGACUUGAAUUUUCAUUCACCCAGGCCCCACAAAGCAUGAAGACAGUGACAAUUGCAGCUUGGUAUGUCAGUGUUGCACUUGGUAAUUUUAUUGUAAUAAUAAUUACACAAGCUAAAUUAUUUACAAGUCAAGCACAUGAAUUUUUUUUCUUUGCUGUAUUAAUAUUUUUAAACAUGAUUAUAUUCAAUUUCAUGACAAACACAUAUAACUUUGUUGUACCGGAAUCAGACUCUGCAGUCAUCAGUACAUUUGUUGAUAAUGAAACAGAUGAGCUUUAUCCAAUUUUUCCACCGAGACGUAUGUUUGAAGUCGAAACAACUGAUGAGAAACUAAAAUAUCCAAAGUCAAUUUUUUUCAUUGUAAGUAAUGAAUUUUGUGAAAGAUUUUCAUACUAUGGUUUGCGAACAAUAUUGGCUCUAUACCUUCAAGCAAAAUUGGGCUACUCAGAUGAUACAUCAACUGUUAUUUAUCAUGUAUUUGCAAUAGAAUUUUCAUUGGGUGGAUUAUUUUUGAUUGCUGUUGGAACUGGAGGAAUAAAACCAUGUGUUGCUGCUUUUGGUGGAGAUCAAUUUAUUUUACCACAACAAGAAAAAUAUCUCGUUACAUUUUUUUCAGUAUUUUAUUUUGCCAUUAAUUCUGGAUCACUUAUAUCAUCUUUUCUCACACCAGAACUUCGUAAUGGAGUCAAAUGUUUUGGUGAACAAGAAUGUUAUUCACUUGCUUUUUUUGUUCCUGCAAUUCUCAUGGUUCUUUCAAUUGUUAUUUUCGUCGCUGGAAAACCAAUGUACAGAAUGAAAAAACCCGAAGGAAAUGUCGUUCUCAGUGUCUUUAAAUGUAUUUCUCAUGCAUUGUACAAAAAAUCAACUCAAAAAAAAGAAAGAAAAGUUGAUCACGAUCAUUGGCUUGAUCAUGCAAAUGAUAAAUAUGAUGUAAAAUUAAUAGCUGAUAUAAAAGCAACACUUCAAGUACUCAAACUAUUUAUUCCAUUGCCAUUUUUUUGGGCACUUUAUGAUCAACAAGGAUCACGUUGGACAUUUCAAGCAACAAGAAUGGAUGGUCAAAUUGGUAGUUUCCUAAUAAAAGCUGAUCAAAUGCAAGUUGUUAAUCCACUUUUGAUACUUUCAUUUAUUCCAAUAUUUGAAACUUGUCUUUAUCCAUUAUUUGCUAAAAUUAAAAUUAUCGAUACACCACUUAAAAAGUUAACAACUGGAGGAUUUUUAGCAGCUCUUGCAUUUAUUGCAUCUGCUCUUGUUGAACUACAACUGGAGAAAACAUAUCCAAUUCUUCCAUCAACUGGAAUGGCUCAACUUCGAAUAUUUAAUCCACGAAAUUGUACAUUACCAAUGAGCCUUGAUGAUAGAUCAUUUAGCUUGCCACCAUAUGGCAUGUGGGAGGAUAUUGAAAUAUCAGUUAAUCAAACAAAAUCAUUUAAUUUCAAUGCUGAUUUUAAAAGUUGCAAUGGUAAUACAAAAAAUUCAACUGGUACGCUAAAAGUACUUGAAGAACAAGCAACAUCAUAUGUCAUUCAAGAGACUAAUAAUUUUUAUCAAUAUACUGAUGCUAAUAAUAAAACAAAAACUGGUAAUCCAGCUCUUCGAGUGCUGGCUUACAAUGAAAAAAAUACAAGUCCAAUAGUCAUUAGAAUUAUUGAAAAAAAACAAGAAGUUUAUAAAUUUAAUAUUGGCAAUGCAAUACCAGUACAUGAGUCGGAAGUUGCUGAGCUUGCUCCAGGAACAUAUGAUGUUGAAAUUAAUGGAAAAAUAAUGCCUGAUAAUAUACAAAUAAAACUUGGUGGAGUUUAUACAUUGAUGGUUCAUUUAUCAAGUAAUACUGAUGUACCAACAAGUCACAUGGUAACUGUAACACCACCAAAUUCACUUCACAUGUUGUGGCUAAUUCCUCAGUACAUAAUAAUGACAAUGGCUGAAGUUAUGUUUUCAGUAACUGGUCUGUCAUUUGCAUUUACACAAGCACCAGUCAGUAUGAAAUCACUUUUACAAGCUGGAUGGCUGAUGACUGUUGCAUUUGGUAAUCUUAUUGUUGUUAUUGUUGCUGAAGCUAAAUUUUUUGAUCGUCAGGUGAAUGAAUUUUUAUUGUUUGCUGGAUUGAUGACUAUUGAUAUGAUUAUUUUUGGAGUAAUUGCAUAUUAUUAUAAAUAUGCUGAUCUCAGUGAUGAUAUUUCUGAAGAUGAUAAUAAUAAUGGUGAUGAUGGUGGUCAUGAUGACAACAAUAGAAAUAUACCAAUGAAUUCAAACGUUACCAGAGAAAGUGAAAGAUUUUAAAUAUAAAAAAAUAGUUUUAAGAUUUAUAAAAAUUUAAAUUGUACAUAAUAAUAUUCUGGUUAUCUAG